AUGUUCAAAUGGAAGUUCACACAACUUCUUACAUUAUCACAUGUAAAUUUAAUAACAAGUCAUUUAAGUUCAAUAUUAACCAAUGAAUUAUCACCAUCAAGUAGUUUUUGUGUUAGUGCAUUAUCAGGUGGCAUUCAACAAACAUCAAUAUCAAAUUCUAAUCCUAAAAUAACACAUUUAAUUUAUCUUUGUCAAACACUUGAAUAUAAUUAA